CAUUCGGCGAGCGCUGUCAAAAUUUUCACGAUGAAAACAAAUAGGGAGCAUUUCGGUUUUACUCAGCAAAAAUAAUAUUUCAUCUGCCUGUGAUCCAUUUUUAGGAAAUAAAACCAAAUUUCUUGGCACACUUCGCAACCCGCGCACCAGAAUUGCGAAAUUAUAGACGUAGUGUAUUAAAUCUUACCGGUCUGUUAUCCGUAUAGAAAAGCUAGAUAUGAAUAAUUAUAUCAAAUUCAUGGAGGUCCUAGGGAAUGUUAAGCAUUUAAAACGGACCGGAUGGGUCUUGAGAAAGGUUAAAGACUGCGAAACCGUAUCGGGUCACAUGUACCGAAUGGCGAUGAUGUCAUUUUUUCUAGAAGAUAGUCACGGUUUGGACAGGAUCCGUGUAAUGGAAAUGUCCCUCGUGCACGAUCUGGCGGAAGGAAUCGUGGGCGAUAUAACACCGUACUGCGGUGUUUCGCGCGAGGAAAAAUUGCUCAAAGAAUUUUCCGCCAUGACAGAGAUAGCCAGUUUACUUGGCCCUAACAAGGAUAAGAUGUUGGCGCUGUUCAACGAAUAUGAGGAAGGCAAGACACCAGAGGCAAAGUUCGUGAAAGAUCUCGACCGGCUCGACAUGGUGAUGCAGGCAUACGAAUACGAGAAACGGGACAGUUGUCCACAAAAACUGCAGGAGUUUUUUGAUUCGACGGAAAAUAAAUUUUCCCAUCCCUUGGUUGUUGACAUCGUGAAUGCGAUUAAGGAACAGCGCGCCAAAGCUGCUUCAACGGUUGUAGACAAUCCAAAUCGUUAAGUGAAGGAGCCGAAGAUAGUAGUCAUGAAAUAAAUGAAAGUGACUGAAGAAACGUGUAAUGUCGAACGUUCACCUGGAAA